CAGUACUCGCACGACGCGGCGUGGCGGCGGCGGAACCCCCACAAGCACCACUACUCGCCCGCGAUGUGCUCAGAGCUGGGGGCUUGCGCGGCAGGCGCUGCUUGCCCGUUCGCCCACUCCGCAGACGAGCAGAACUACCACCCGACAGUGUAUAAGACGGUGAUGUGCCCUGGCGAUGACAAGUGCGGCGGCCACUAUUGCCCCUAUGCUCAUACGGCGAAGGAGCUGCGCGCCGUGCUGGGGGCAGACGAAGGCCCCGCCGGCGCCGACGCCCUGGCGUUGGUCGCGUGGGCACCUGGCGCGGGGGGGGUCGCGGCGCUGGCCGCGGACGGCCGAGGC